UGCAUUCUUUUGUUUUUCUUUUGGAACGCAGAAGCACGAGGAAGAAAGACGCACGUUCCUCUUUCUCCUUUUAGAAAAGGAAGAUAUGUCGAUUGGCUGACACGUGAUUUGUAGGUUAUUGUUAUUCCCUCUAGCAAUUCUGAGGAUGCGCGCUCGUUGACACUAGUAAACAUCACGCGCAGACGCUUAUUCGUUAAUUACUACAGAGGGAUUUGCAUUAAUUAUAUUAUCGUGAAGAAUUCUCAUUAAUUUCCACGGAUCGUUUAAACGUCUCUCUACGCUACAAUUCUCACAUUUUCGAAGGAUGUUACGAAUAUUUCAAAGACAGAUCUUCCGAAAUGUACGGAGCGGCAGGAGACUGAACACAUGGUCACCCCUCGCCACGGCAUUUAAUUCCACCGUUAAUGAUGAAAAUUAUCCGGCGAAUGUGUUAAAGAAAGAAACAGGACUGUUUGGCAUUCCGGAGCUGAAAACCGAGGAUGGCUUUGAUAUAUUGAAAAAUCGUACGCUGGCAGAAGUCGACGGUCUCAUCGAGGAAGCGACAAGCAAGGAUAGAAAGAGAAAAAUGGUGGAAAUAUUUGACGAGUUAUCCAAUACGCUGUGUAAAGUGGCGGAUAUGGCAGAGUUUAUUAGAGUCGCUCAUCCUGAUGAACGAUACGUUCGAGCUGCUGAAGACGCUUGUAUCACUAUUAGCGGCGUAGUUGAAAAGUUGAAUACACAUCGCGAGUUGUACGAUUCACUGAAACAAGUUACAUGUAACGGUGAUACUCAAGUGACAUCCGAUAUAGACGAUCACGUAGCUAAGCUAUUCCUAUUCGAUUUUGAGCAAUGUGGUAUACACUUGCCGGAAAGACAAAGAAGAAGAGUAGUCGAGCUAAACGAUUAUAUCCUGCAAGUAGGUCAAAAGUUUAUGGCUGGCGCCGUCACCCCGAGGACAGUUAAUGCCAAUAUGUUACCCGACGUUAUUAGGCAGUAUUUUGUAACGGAGAACGGUCAGAUAUUAGUGCAAGGAUUUUACACAGACUCUUCUAAUACCGCCGUUCGCGAAGCGGCAUACAAACUGUUUUUAUUCCCGGAUAAGGAACAAGAGUAUCUGCUGCACGAACUCUUGCACUCCAGACAUCUGCUGGCGGAAUCUUGCGGAUUUGCAUCAUACGCAUGCAGAGCUGUAAAAGGAAGUACAGUCAAAUCGCCGGUCGUAGUGAAGGAAUUUCUCGAUAUAUUAAACGACAAUCUGCAGCCUAAAGCGGCACAAGAUUUUCAAGAGAUGCAAAAGAUGAAAGAUGCUGAGUCGCGUAUAAAACAAGAAUUGAUGCCAUGGGAUACUCCCUAUUUCAUGGCAAAGGCGAAAAAAUCUUGGUUAAACACUUCCACCACUGAGUUUGCUCCUUACUUUUCUCUCGGUGCUUGUAUGGAAGGUUUAAAUUUCCUUACACAGUCAUUAUAUAGAGUUAAACUUGAAUCCGUCCCGGUGUUAUCCGGAGAAGUAUGGGCGAAUAACGUUCACAAAUUAGCUGUAAUAGAUGAGGAGGAAGGAACUUUGGGUUAUAUCUACUGUGAUUUUUACGAAAGAGCAGGAAAGCCUAAUCAAGACUGUCACUUUACAAUCCAAGGUGGAAAGCAACUUUCAGAUGGCUCUUAUCAGACUCCCAUAGUUGUACUUAUGCUAUCACUGCCGCACCCACGUUGGUCAAAUCCAUGUUUAUUGAGUCCGUCAUCUGUGGACAAUUUGUUUCAUGAAAUGGGGCACGCGUUACACUCCAUGCUCGGUCGAACGAAAUAUCAGCAUGUUACUGGUACUAGAUGCAGCACAGAUUUCGCGGAAGUACCAAGUGUGUUAAUGGAAUAUUUUGCGAGUGAUCCUAGGGUUGUGUCGAAGUUUGCGAAGCAUUUUCAAACUCAAGAACCGAUGCCGGAAAAUUUAUUGCACAAACUAUGCGCUUCGAAGAACAUCUUUUAUGCCUCCGAAUUACAGAAUCAAGUGUUUUACAGCAUGUUGGAUCAAGUAUAUCACAGUGGUAAACUAACAAAAUCCACCACCGAGAUUUUAGAAGAUGUACAGAAGGGAUAUUACGGCCUUCCAUAUGUGAAAAAUACAGCAUGGCAAUUGAGAUUCUCUCAUUUGGUCGGAUACGGUGCGAAAUAUUAUUCUUAUCUAAUAUCUCGUGCAAUUGCCGCAUGGAUUUGGCAAACUUACUUCCACAACGAUCCUUUCUGUCGGUCAGCGGGCAAUCGUUAUCGAAGGGAGUGCUUAGCGCACGGAGGCGGUAAACCGUCAUCGCA